ACCGCCCCCAAUCAGAUUUCACUUGCACUGGUUUCCUAUAGUAGAAAUAACUGGAAAAACAAGUGCCGUCUGCAUUGAGUGAUUUGUGUAUUUUCACAAAAUGAUGGACGGGACGACAGAAGGACCUCCACAAGAUGCCACACGAAGAUUACAGCCUAAAAAACAGACUUUAGAUGACGCUUAUGCUGCGCCGGCCAAUUUUCUCGAAAUUGACGUACUCAAUCCAAUUACUCAUGGAGUCGCUCGGAAACGGUACACGGACUACGAAGUACGCUUACGAACAAAUUUACCUGUAUUUAAAUUGAAAGAUUCAAGUGUUCGAAGGAGAUACAGUGACUUUGAAUGGCUAAGGAAUGAACUAGAAAGAGAUAGCAAGAUUGUAGUGCCACCUCUUCCUGGAAAAGCUUGGAAAAGACAGCUACCGUUAAGAGGAGAUGACGGAAUUUAUGAUGAAGAGUUCAUCGAGGAUAGAAGAAAAGGCUUAGAAACUUUUAUAAAUAAGGUUGCUGGUCAUCCUUUGGCUCAAAAUGAACGUUGCCUUCAUAUGUUUUUGCAAGAUCCAUCUAUCGACAAAAAUUAUGUUCCAGGAAAAAUUAGAAAUACAUGAGUUUUAUGUGAAAAGCAGAUUUUUACUAUUCUACAAUUGAAGCAGUUGCAUAUUAUACUUUUAAAGGGAUUCUGUUAUACAAAUUAUUUUUUCUCCAAUAUCUCUUUACUUGCAGUUGUUUAAUAUGCAGCUUGUUGAUGUCAUUGCAGAAAUUAAAUUUUUAAAUGUCUCUAUUUUUUACGAAUUCAAUGUUGAAUCUUAUGCGUGAAUCAUUUGCAGUCAUUAUAUUUUUGCCUUGCAUUUGUGUAACAUUCCAUAAAUCAAAUAUCAAAUAUUUAUUGUUUCAACCAAAUUACGUCAAGUUUUCUGUUAUCUAUAAUCACGAAAGGCCUCCUUAGCAUGAGAAAUUGACUGCAAUAUUUUGUUUGAAUAUCACAACCAUAUAAUGGCUGUUCAUUGUUGGAAAUGAUCUUUGUACAUUUUCUUAGGAUUGGAGUUGUAAACUAUAUAUAGAUGAAUAAAUUUCACUUUUAAAUCUGA